AUGGGCCAGCUGUGGCUCUGGCUUGCCAUCCUGGCCGGGCUCUCGGGGAUCGUGGCCCAGGAAGACCUGUACCGAAAGGUGUUCGUCUUCCGGAAUGACCCCAGCAACGCCUACGUGGUGCUGAGGGCCAAACCGGAGCAGCCGCUGCAGAACUUCACCCUGUGCCUGCGCUCCUACACCGACCUGACGCGGCCCCACGGCCUCUUCUCCUACGCCACCAAGGCGCAGGACAACGACAUCCUCCUCUUCAAGCCCAAGCCCGGCGAGUACCGCCUCUACGUGGGGGGAAAAUUCGUCGCCUUCCGCGUCCCCGAGGGCCGCGGGGACUGGGAGCACGUCUGCGCCAGUUGGGAAUCGGCCACCGGCGUCGCCGAGUUUUGGUUCAACGGGAAGCCCUGGCCCCGCAAGGGGCUGCAGAGGGGCUACGCGGUGGGGGCGGAGGCGGCCAUCCUGCUGGGGCAGGAGCAGGACGCCUUCGGGGGCGGCUUCGACGUCUACAACUCCUUCUCGGGCGAGCUGGCCGACGUCUACCUGUGGGACGUGGGGCUGUCCCCGGACAAGAUGAGAGCCGCCUACCAGUCCCUGCGCCUGCCGCCCGCCCUCCUGGCCUGGAGGAGCCUGAGCUACGAGGUGAAAGGCGACGUGGUGGUGAAACCCCGGCUCCGGGAGGUGCUGGGGCCAUGACAGCCGGCCGGCUCCAGGGCUGGGGUGGCCUCAGCCCCCGCUUUUCUUCCCCUCCCCGUCCCCGUCCCCCCUUCACCUCCGCAACCCGCCAAGGAGAAGGUGCCGCCUGCGCGUCCCAGCCCAGGCGCUGCGGUGGGGACGGGGCUCAGACGGAGCUGGGGAGGGCUGGGGGCACCACUCAGC